UUAGCGAUGCAAAUGGGCCUAUAUAUCUGAUCAAUGGCUCUGUCCCCAACCCCCUAUUAUUAUUAUUAUUAUUAUUAUCUGAUGGGAGGUCUUCUUCUUUCAUUUCUUCUCUUCUCUCUUCUCCCGACGCAGCCAGAUCAUUUCAACACCUGUGAUUGCAAAUGUUGGAUGUUUCAAAUUUGUGCACACAAAUGAGAAUAUGCAGAGAUAAAAACAAAAAACAACUCCGGUAAAGUGAAAUAACAUCGUACCCCCACGCGGAUUAUAGGAGUGAUCAUUGAUUCCGUAUUGUGUAUUCAAGUGUCAUUCAAGUGCAUAUGGCCAUCAAAGACGCAUGCAAAUGUGCAUGAGAAAUUUUCAUUCAUCAUUUCUCGUGAAAUGAACGAUUAAAACGUCAUCGCAUCAUCCUCCAAGUAGCUGCGUAUGGAUGGGCAACAUGGGAGAGAUGCUCCCGACGAUUAUCAUGCUAAGAAACGGCCACGCGUCGCGGGCUUUCAUCACCCUGCAAUAUGAAUAAAUGUGAUAACGAUGAUCCGAUAUGCAUGUCGCCGGUGACUUUUGGGGGAAUGCACCUUCAGCCGCUUUGAUUCGACGCGACACUUUGGAGACGUCUGUACUUUCCGCCCGGCGUGGCGUCUUCCGUCUGCGGGGCGACAGUCGCCCGUGUCUCGGCACGAUGAUGAACACUGAUUCAAUCACGCGCGAGUCACAACCACGAACUGGGCCCGCUUCCUCGACGAACCAACCCCUAAUGUCGAAGUGACACCUCUUCACCCUGCAGAUGGGUAUCCUCUGCGCUAAUCCCCGACAGUCAUCUGCGCGCUAGAUAACUUAAAUAAACUGGACCCCCCCCCCCACCCCGAGCAGAAAUUCAAGGGAUCAGUGUUACACUUUCCCUAUAGGAUUAAACGGAUCUUCCUCCGCUCCUGAAUGGAGGCAGGGAGCCCGCCGCUGGCCGGUCCCCGAGGGCCCGGGGGGGCCUUUUGAUCAUCUCCGGCGCUCCGUUGGCGCAAAUGCUUCUGAUUGGCCGAGGGGCUACGAAGAGGGAAAAUCUUUAAUUAAGCAGAUAAUCUCUUGUUGGGACGAGGGCAGCUCCAUUUCAGAGCCCCCCCCCCCCCACCUCCUCGAGUCCUGGAAGGCCCUUAUGGUGAAGAAGUCUGAUGUGCCGGCAGCUCAGUUUCCUCUCCAUCGUCGGACGGUCUGCAAGGCGCUCGGACGGGCUCGCGGUCUCCGUCGUGUCCAUCCCACCCCCCUCCCUCACCUACCUGCCAGGAUGUUCAUGCAUUUGGAGGUCUUCUACUACGUUUUCAUUCUGCUGGCUCACAUGAGGUCGUGCUGCUGCUGGUCAGUGAAUAAUUUCCUGAUGACUGGACCCAAGGCGUACCUGAUCUACUCCAGCAGCGUGGCGGCAGGCGCUCAGAGUGGCAUAGAGGAGUGCAAAUACCAGUUUGCAUGGGACCGCUGGAACUGCCCCGAGAGAGCCCUGCAGCUGUCCACGCACAGCAGCCUGCGCAGCGCAAAUCGGGAGACGGCGUUCGUUCACGCCAUCAGCUCCGCCGGGGUCAUGUACACGUUGACCAGGAACUGCAGUCUCGGGGACUUCGACAACUGCGGCUGUGACGACAGCAGGAACGGACAGCGGGGUGGUCACGGCUGGCUCUGGGGCGGCUGCAGUGACAAUGUUGGCUUCGGGGAGGCCAUUUCCAAACAGUUUGUCGACGCCUUGGAGACCGGGCAGGAUGCGCGGGCGGCCAUGAAUCUCCACAACAACGAGGCCGGGCGCAAGGCAGUGAAGGGGACCAUGCAGAGGACAUGUAAGUGCCACGGGGUGUCAGGCAGCUGCACCACCCAGACCUGCUGGCUGCAGCUGCCGGAGUUCAGGGAGGUGGGGAACUACCUGAAGGAGAAGUACCACAGGGCGCUGAAGGUGGACCUCCUGCGCGGCGCGGGGAACAGCGCGGCCAGCCGGGGCGCCGUCACCGAGACCUUCAGCUCCAUCUCUCGCAAGGAGCUGGUCCACCUCGAGGACUCCCCCGACUACUGCCUGGAAAACCGCACGCUGGGCUUCCCCGGCACCGAGGGCCGCGAGUGCCUCAAGAAGGGCAAGAGCCUGAGCAAAUGGGAGAAGCGGAGCUGCAAGAGGCUGUGCGGAGAGUGCGGCCUGGCCGUGGAGGAGCGCAAGGCCGAGACGGUGUCGAGCUGCAAUUGCAAAUUCCACUGGUGCUGCGCGGUGAAGUGCGAGCAGUGCCGAAAGACGGUGACCAAGUACUUUUGUGUGAAGAGAGGGGGUCAGAGGGGAAGGAACGAGAGUGGCGGCAGCCGGCGAAAGAACCUCCGGCUGAGGAAGAAGCACUGAGGGUCUUCGUCCCCUGUCCCCUGCUGUAGCACUGCAGCCCCCCCCCCCCCGGACUCUGUGCAUGUUCAGAUAGUGUGUGUUUUGGACAAAAAAAAAAGAAAAGAAACGUAGCAGAAAUUCUCUUUCUAGCUUCCAUCUUCAUUGUCAGUUUUAUAUCAGACGUUAAAUACGGUGGGAUGCACACAAAGCCACAUGAUAGACGAGAUGAGACCGGGAGUUGUUUUGUUUUUUUUACAAAUUUUGGUAUUAAUGUAAUUGUUCCCCUUUUCUUUUCUUUUCUUUUUUUUUUUACAACAUUUUGAAAAUAACUUUUUUUGACUUUUCCAAAUUUUCCACAACACGAUUUAUUUAUUUCCACAGAUACAGUGCACACAAAACCUUGGAGGAAAAAUUAAACAGAUAUUCCUGUUUGGAGGGAAGUGACAUAAUUUGCUCCAAACCUGUCCGGUUGUGUUCUCUUGAAUUCUGUAGACGGUCAGCCGGUUAACGUUAAGUAUCACUGCCGGGCUUUGAAUUAUUGUAGAAAACAUUUUUUUUAGGCACAUUCUGCUCUAGCACUGUCCCACUGUCCCACUCACUGCCCCCCUGAUGUAUUUAAUUUUAUAUAAAAUGAAGCACUUUGUACUGUACAUUGUUAAUUUAUUGCACAGCAUUUCCUAGUUUUGCUUUAUUGUUAGUCGCCUUCAUGUUUUUUUUUGUUUUCAUUCAAAUGUAAUGAAAGAAAAAUAAAUCCUUCGACAUCCUAUAUGUUAUACUGCCUAAAAAAAGCGCUCAUCCCUCUGCGACAUACUCAUUGUGAUAGUAAUACCUGGUGUUCGGGCGGUAAACACAGCCUUGCUCUCCACAUUGUUCACUCUGGGGUUAGGAUACUCUGGGCCAAAACAAGAAGAAUGGAAAACUUUCAAGGCGUCCUCUUCCUUCCAUCGCGGCUUUCUCAAUUUCGCCUCAACAAAUACCUCCCGUCCUCUCCCUCAUCAUGGUAAUCCUCAAAGAGCCCCCUAACUCCCCGAGUGCUUGGAAGUUUCUUUACUGUUUAAUACUGGUUUAAUUAACUUUGUCCAGACAGAGUAGGGCCGUGGGGGUGGAGGGCAUGAGGCAAGUUGCCCUUAAAAACAUCAUCCCGCCUCUAAUUUUGUAUGCUAAUCUCCUUUUUCACGCCGCGCCUCCUUGGGAGCGGGGAAAAGAAAUGUUGGGAAAACUUUGGGCUGCCUGUGCAGGGGCUUCCUGCGGCUGUUUUAUUUCUGGGCCCACCUAUUUGGAUCCUUUCACUCCUCUAGGGCCUUCCUUUGCUCGAUUUAACAAUGAAUGCAGAGCUAAUCAGCUCUCUCGGAAAUGCACCACUGUCGAGGAAGGUAAUCCCUUCUUCUCCGCUCUCAAUGGGCCGUCGCCUUCCAAAGGACUUUGGGAAAAGGCUUUGCACAGAUUCACACUGUUCGCUCAAAAGAAGUUAGUUCAAGUAUUGUGCCCAAACAAGUGGGUUUUAUAAACACAUGCUUGCCAGGAUACUCACCCCACCUGCGAGUAAGAAGUGCCAGGCCCGGGCAGACUAGCACAUGGCAGCCGAAGCCGAAACCCUUCAGCGGAGACGGGACAUGAAAGGGGAGAUUAGAGGGCCCAUUGAGUAGGGGGCGUUCAUUUCUGCACCUUCCUCCUUUUCCUCAAUAAAGUGUCAAGGAACCACCUUGUUGACAUCUUAUUUGCCGAAUAAUGAUCAUAAUCAAAACUCCUCCCUCCCCUGAUGACCCCUGUGGGCCCUGGCUGGAUCGCUCUGCCUGGCACGCAGCAAC